CGAAUGAAACACCACCGCUUUCGCUUUUUCUCUCUCCGACAGUGGAAAUUCUAGGGAGAGAAACUCAGACCUUCUCUGUGGAGUCCUCUGAGUCCUCAAACCUUCAUUUUUUUCAAAGAUGGCGGGUUUAAGAAUUUCUAGGGUUUUGUGACGAACCGAUUAGUCCCAAAUCUCGAUGGAAAUGCCCGGUAGGAGAUCCAACUACACGCUUCUGAGCCAAGUUCCCGACGACCAAGCGGCGGCGUUUCAUGAGACGGAGAGCAAGAACAACAAGGGGAAAGUCGACAGAGGGUUCGAUUGGGAAACCGGAGCCGAUUUCCGGGCGAAUCAGCAAGCGAAUCGGGCCGGCAACCCGUACUCGUCUGCCGGGUUGCAGAGGCAGUCGAGCGGCAGCAGCUUUGCCGAGAGCUCGAUUUCCGGCGAGUACUACCCUCCGACCCUAUCCACCGCCGCGGUCAGUGAGAUCGACGGGUUCGGGUACGUGCCGGACGAUGUGUUCAAGGUUAGUGGUGGAGGGGGUGAAUUUCGAAUGAAAGGUGUGGAUGGAGCUGUUACGGCCACUGGUGGCGGCGGUUGUUCUUCUUCAAGGAAGAGCUGGGCUCAGCAGACUGAGGAGAGUUAUCAGCUGCAGCUGGCUUUGGCUCUUCGGCUUUCAUCGGAGGCUACAUGCGCCGAUGAUCCUAACUUCUUGGAUCCAGUGCCGGAUGAAUCGGCUUCCAGGACGUCCGGCUCUGUUGAUGCCGUUUCGCAUCGGUUUUGGGUGAAUGGCUGUCUGUCAUACUUUGACAAAGUGCCUGAUGGAUUUUACCUAAUUCAUGGGAUAGAUCAGUAUGUAUGGACUGUGUGCACUGAUCUGCAAGAAAAUGGUCGUAUACCAUCAAUUGAAUCAUUAAGGUCUGUUGAUCCUGGCAUUGGUUCUAGCAUUGAAGUGGUUUUAAUUGAUAAACGUAGUGAUCCCAGUCUAAAGGAGCUUCAAAAUAGGGUUUUAACCAUUUCCUGUACUUGCAUAAAUACAAAAGAGAUUGUAGAUCAGCUGGCAAAGCUUGUGUGCAGUCGCAUGGGGGGUUCCUCUUCCGUAGGAGAGGAUGAAAUUUUUUCCAUAUGGAGGGAGAGCAGCGAUGAUCUGAAAGAUUGCUUAGGAUCUGUAGUUGUUCCAAUAGGCAGCCUUUCUGUUGGCUUAUGUAGACAUCGUGCCUUAUUAUUCAAAGUUCUAGCUGACACAAUUGAUUUACCUUGUCGAAUUGCCAAAGGCUGUCAAUAUUGUUCAAGGGAUGAUGCCUCCUCUUGUCUUGUCCGGUUUGGGUUGGACAGGGAGUAUUUAGUCGAUUUGAUUGGAAUUCCAGGCUACUUGCACGACCCUGAUUCCUUGCUCAAUGGCCCAUCAUCCAUCUCAAUUUCUUCACCACUGCGCUUUCCAAGACUAAAACCAGUUGAACCUACCAUUGAUUUCAGGUUACUGGCUAAACAGUAUUUCUCAGACUGUCAAUCGCUUAAUCUUGUGUUUGAUGAAGCUCCUGCAGGAAGUGCUGUUGAAGAGGACAAUAUGUAUCCUAAACACUUUGAUAGGAAGAGUACAGAGGGGAAAAACCUAAUUUCAAGUCUCAGUGGUGACACCUCUGCACAUGCCAAAAUUCCCCGGACAAGUGGUGAUGAUAGAAAUCCCCAGUUGUUUAAUCCUCUUCAAAAUAUUUUGCACACACCACCCGUGGUAAAUGAUCCAAUCCCUCUAAAGUGUAUGCCACAUGUAGGGCAUAGAGAUGGUCCAAGGGUGGAUACAAUUACAGACUCAAGGUUUGUUGAGGGUGUUCAACUGGUUCCUAGUAAACCAAGUAGAGAGCUCGGGUUCGAUAUAGAGGAUUUGGACAUCCCAUGGAGUGAUCUCAUUAUAAAAGAGAGAAUCGGUGCAGGUUCUUUUGGAACUGUUCAUCGCGCUGAUUGGCAUGGCUCUGAUGUUGCUGUGAAGAUUCUAAUGGAACAAGAUUUUCAUGCCGAACGCUUUAAAGAAUUUUUGAGUGAGGUUACUAUAAUGAAGCGCCUGCGACAUCCAAACAUUGUUCUCUUUAUGGGUGCAGUUACCAAACCUCCAAACUUGUCCAUAGUCACAGAAUAUUUAUCAAGAGGUAGCUUGUAUAGGCUUUUGCAUAAAGCUGGUGCAAAGGAGACAUUGGAUGAGAGGCGUCGCUUGAGUAUGGCUUAUGAUGUGGCAAAGGGAAUGAAUUAUCUUCAUAGACGCAAACCUCCCAUUGUUCAUCGUGAUUUAAAAUCUCCAAAUCUGUUGGUGGACAAAAAAUAUACAGUGAAGGUUUGCGACUUUGGUCUUUCCCGUUUGAAGGCAAACACCUUCCUCUCCUCAAAAUCAGCUGCCGGGACUCCUGAAUGGAUGGCACCAGAAGUCCUGCGUGAUGAACCAUCAAAUGAGAAGUCAGAUGUUUACAGUUUUGGUGUAAUAUUGUGGGAACUCGCAACAAUGCAACAGCCAUGGGGUAAUUUAAACCCAGCACAGGUUGUCGCAGCUGUUGGGUUUAAAAACAAAAGGCUUGAGAUUCCACGUGAUUUGAAUCCUAAUGUGGCAGCUAUAAUUGAGGCUUGUUGGGCCAACGAACCCUGGAAACGGCCUUCAUUUGCUAGUAUCAUGGAUUCUUUGACGCCGUUGAUCAAAGCUCCCGUCACUCAACCUAGUCGUGCGGAUAUGCCAUUACUUACCUGAAUGGGAACGAGUCUUAUUCAUGCACAUAAUACAGCAUUCGUUAGAGAAUUGAUGUGUGGCGUGGAUGCAUGCUGUUCAUAGUCUCGGAGCCAUUGUACAUUUCUUCUCUUAUCGCCAAUUAAGCAUUUUGAUUCGUUAACCUAAUGAAGGAAACUAUGAGUGCCAACAGUGUCUGCAUUGCCGUCUCUUCUCUUCUCACAGAAGUCUACCAAAAACCGUUCUGUCUCCUCGUCUCGGGAAAGUUGUAUAAUUUCUAUUUCGUAAUUUUGUAAAAGAGCGUUACUAGAAUCGACUACAUCCUUCCCAGCAUGGUUUGUCCUUGCCUUUACAAAAUGUGAAAGCUAGUCAUUCAGUUAGAAGCUGGUUUCUGCUGUUGCCCCACUAGUGAAAUUGAAGAAAACGAAAUUACAAAGUGCCCCAAGUGCACAAAUCUGUUAGGAGGCACGCCUCUGUAGCGAUCCAGUCGUCGACAAAUUACUAUCUUUUUUUCCCUCCUCUUCUCAAUGUUUUAAUGUUUCGGUCACCCUUGUGUUACAUUUGGAUUGCAGAUCUUGUUCUUAUGUCAAAGUUAACCGAUAAGAGAUGGGUAUCGGAAAGCCGGCAAGUUUUAGAGAGAUUUUCCGGUAUGGUAAUGCCGCCGAUGAUGACAAGCAGAGAAAUCGGCAGCAAAGCUUUUCUUCUGUAAUUUGCAUUCCGAACCAAUAAACAUCAUGCGAUGCGUUUUUAAUUCUUUUUUAGCUUUGAUUAGACUUAAAGCAGACCAAAAAAGUCUGCAAAUGGAAUCCACUUGGUCAAUUUAUUAAUUAAAUGUAGGGUGUUACAUUAUUAUGUUUAAGCUUCCUUUGCUUUUGCUUGUUGAAUUAUGUGAUGUAUUCGAUGUACCUGACCAAAGUAUUAUUAUGAAAUUCGACCCCCCUUUUGUCUUUUUGUAAA